UGAAGUUUCAGUGGAAUCAGCACACUGCCUGUUUGAAUAUAACAUCCUGUGAUAAAAACCUUGAUAUCUGUAAAUAUUAGGAUACUUUCAACAAUAAGGACAAGUGAUUUCCUUUUUUUUUCUUUUUAAUAUUUUUUGGGAAACCCAGCUGUGAUAGCUGAUACCAGUAAUAGCUGAAAGUCAAGUGCUGUGUCAGGAAGACAUCUGAAAUAAUAAUAUAGCAUUCUGAAGAAUAUCUGUUGAAUAUACAACAUGGAGCCCAGUGAAGUUAAACAAGAGAUUGAGAGAGGUCAAGCACCCAUUGUGCGUUGGAAUAAUGGGUCACCCACUGUUAGUCCUAUUUUGCCCUCAAAAGAACAUUCUCCCCUGCCUAGUUCCCCUAAUAAGUCAAUAAAUAGCAGUGGAAUUGGAAGAGAGUCUCCAAAUCAAACAAGUCCAAGCAACUCUCUUACGUACUCACCUGCCUUGUCUAGUGUGGGCGAUGAGCCUCCACACUCGCCAGCAACACCUCCACCAGCCUAUGACGCAGUGUAUGAUGGAGAUAAUCUGAAUUGCUCAACUUCCAGCCUACCAGAGAAGCGAAGCCCUGCCUCCCCAAUACCCUCCAAUAAGGGUAAAGAAACUCCUAAUGAAAAAUCCCCUGAAAGAGAUGAAGAGAACAAUGUCCGUUUUCUUGGUGAAGAUGGAAACAUCUUGACCAUUGAUGACAAUGACUCUAUAAUCAGUAGCAGAAGUCAUCAGUCUGAUGAUGAAGAUGAAAGUGAUGAUGAAAAGAAGCCACGGAUUCCAGAUGGUGGUUGGGGCUGGGUAGUUGUAUUAUCAUCCUUGUUCAUUAGUAUGGUGGCUGAUGGCAUAUCAUUUUCGUUUGGACUGCUUUAUGUUGAGUUUUUAAACCAUUUCCAAGAAAGCAAGAGUGUCACAUCUUGGAUUGGGAGCUUGUUUAUGGCAGUUCCUCUAUUAUCUGGUCCAGUGGGUAGUGCUCUUGUUGACCGCUAUGGUUGUAGAGCUAUGACAAUGGUUGGAGGUUUCAUAUCUGGAUGUGGAUUUGUUUUGGCAGCAUUUUCAAACUCAAUCAUUGAAAUGUAUCUUACCUUUGGGGUAAUUGCUGGCUUAGGCUUAGGUCUGUGCUAUGUGACAGCUGUUGUCAGUAUUGCGUUUUGGUUUGACAAGAAAAGGACCCUCGCUACUGGUUUGGGUGCUUGUGGCACUGGUAUUGGCACAUUUGUGUAUUCACCAAUGACAACCUACUUUAUUAAAACCUAUGGGUGGCGUGGAACAACACUUCUUCUUGCGGGCACGUUCUUUAAUAUGUGUGUUUGUGGUGCUGUCAUGCGAGAUCCUGAGUGGUACACAAUUGAACAAAACAAGUCUAACUUGCAACGAGGUAGUAAAUCAUUACGAGGGGCAUCAUCCUGUGGAUCUAUCUCAGGAAGAAGCCAGUUUGAGCAAGACUUCCCUGGAGUAGAUGAACUGAGACGCAUGCUCAAAAGUGGACAAACUCCUGAAUACCUUCUUGCAACACUCAACACCAGUACUGGUGGAGUACCUACAGUUGACGGCACUGAAAAGAUUCCAAAUGGGGAACUUGCUCCAUCAUUCCACUCAGUUGUCAACUUACCAACCUUUGUCAAACAGAGUGAAAAGGUCCCAUUGGAGGUUUUGGAAUCAUUGAGCUCUAACAAACGCCUGUUUAAUGUUGUCCUUGAAAAUUACCCUAGUCUCUUGUUGUGCCGAUCAACAAGUCUCAACACUUUAAACAAGUCUCCAGUAGAAAGUGUGCCCGCUCGUGUCCCAGUGACCAUGUCAAUGCGUCUGAAGCAGGCCAAGAAGGCUGUUACUGCAGCCAUCACUUCCCCAACUGGUGCUUCAGCCACACCUCCUGAAUCCGGAGUUAUGAGUCCUGCUUCAGACCCUGCAGGACCAGUCCCAGGAGUACCUUUACUUUCUGAAUGUGAGGUGAAACCUCAGAUUCUAAAAUCUCCAGUAAAGCAACCAAAGAGUAUUUUAACCAAACCACCCCCCAGCGAUUCUCUACCAUGGUUAAAACGACAGUUUUCAGUGAACACACCUCCUCAGCAUUACUUGAAAAACAUCCGAGUUCAUAGGAAUUCCGUUAUGUAUCGUGGUGCUAUGUUAAACAUUCAUAAGUAUCGUCUUAGAGCCUCAUCAUGCCCUGAUAUUUAUCGCAACUCCAUGACCACCAUUGCCCGUGAAAGUGAUGAGAAAUGGUAUGAUCACAUUCUGGAGCCAUUCCGUGGAAUGGUUGACUUCACCAUGUUUCUGGAACUACACUUCCUUAUGAUGUCCUUGAGUACGAUACUUCUUUUCACCUGGUUCAUUGUUCCGUACUUCUACUUGGCUGACUUUAUGGUAGACCUUAAUUACAAAGCUGAAGAUGCUUCAACACUUUUGAGUAUAAUUGGUGUAACCAACACAAUAGGAAUGAUUGUACUUGGCUGGGCUGGAGAUCAACCUUGGAUGAAUGUUACAAAGACCUAUGCCUUCUGUCUUGCUAUGUGUGGUGCUGCAACAGCGGCUAUGCCACUUUGCAUUGGAUCAUGGCCAUUACUAGUUACUGCAUCUGCCCUGUUCGGAGUAUUUUUUGCCUCAACAUUCUCUUUUACUCCAGUUAUCCUUGUUCAGUUGAUCCCCUUGGAUCGGUUUACACUUGCUUAUGGUCUUAUCCUUCUCUGCCAAGGCAUUGGAAAUCUGAUUGGACCGCCUAUCGCAGGAUGGCUCUUUGAUGUAACAGGAUCAUGGUACUGUUCCUUCUACAUGGCUGCUGGAUGGAUUGCAGUGUCUGGCCUCUUAUGCUACAUCAUACCAAUCACUAAAAAUAGAAGGAUUAUUGGCAAUGCCACACUUCAGAAAGAUCGUGACCGUGAGAGUAUUGCAUAAAAUUAGUAAAGAUAUGCAUUUAUCAUGAUUUUAUGGUUUGGUUUGGAUUGUUUUUAAAAGACUCUAGAUGUUAGUCAAAAUGCAUUUGAAUUUCAAUAAGUGUUGUUUACUUAAAUCAUUUAAAAUGUGAUAAUUUAGGCAUUUUUGAACUGGUUUAGUUGUUCAGCUAUGGCAAUUUGAAUCUAAAUCAAAUCCUUUAGCUAUUCCUAGCAUAGGCAUAUUGAAGAUUUUUUCCUCUUUUCUUCCUGUAACUAAUUAUCACAGCCCAAGUUAUCUGUAUUAUUAUGUUUGAAAGUUAAAGUGCUUCAAUCUACUUAAGUAAUGGCUUUUACAUUAAUAGCUAGUAUUUUAUAACCAAUAAACAUAUGCAGUAGGUAGUUUAUAAUUGCCAAGAUGCAUUCUUCAAUAUUACAAAUUGAUAUGAAUAACGCUCAUGACAAUGAAUCCAUGACUCUGUUAUCUAUAAAUCUCAUUUAUUUCUUGGUGAUUUGGUUAGAUCUGUAUUUUUAACAUCUCAGAUCAGUUGACAGACUAGUUCAAGAACAAACUGCAUUUUGUGCCUGUAGUUUAUUGUAAUUUGGGAUAGCCCUGUUGGUAUCCUUGCAAAUUGUAAUUUUUCUUUGAGUUUAUUAAUAUGAACUAAAUAUGUACAGAGAUACUUGUAAAUUCGUAUGUGUAGUCAAAUGUAAAUAAGGAAAACAAAGCAAUUUUAUCUGUCUUAAGGUUUUCAUAUAGAGUUUUGUCAGCGAUGACAUUGAUAUGGUAAUCAAGCAAAUAAUAGCAAAUUUUUGUUGAAUAUGUGUUACCUAUAUAUAGCAUGCAAGAGUUUUCUCUUCUCUUCACAAAUUAAAAUGAAGUUUUAUUACUGUCUUGUUGUAGGUCUUUUUAAAAGAAUCAGAGUGCAUGAAGUAUGUGCUGAUUCAAAGCAAAUACUAUUUCUUUAUCCAUGUGAAUACGUCAUUCAUAGUUGAUUGUUUUGAUUUUUUGUUAUUCAGUAUCUAUCAAAUUACAGCCAAUUUCUGACUUGUUUCGGUUAAAUCAGUUCAUUGGCAGUGAUUUCAGUGUAAUUUCAGUACAUCACAGACUUCUGGAGAGGUACUUUAUCAGUGUUCUUGUUUGCAGCCAGCUGGUGCUUACUUAGGUUACAUUCUUGUUGGUGUUGAUUUUGUUUUUUCAUCUCUAUAUUUAAAUACAAUUUCUCUUGAUUGUUCUAAGGAAAAAAUUAUGUGAACAAUGCAGACAUGCAUUGUGGUCAAAAAUUUAAAUUUGAUUAAUUCUUUAUGAUUUUGCUCUCUUCUACAUCUACAAAAGACUCUAAAAUUAUGCCUAAUGUCAUUGCUGUUUAAUAUCAGCUCUGAACCACUAAAUUUAUGUGUUUCAGGUGUUCAUUCUCAGUGUAUUUUAGAGCCAGACCUCUGGAUAAUUCUGAGAAUUUCCACCUGGAAUUUUCUUUAAACAAUGUUAUAGAAUAUAGAUAGGAUGUAUUUGAGAAUUGUGUAAUGAAAUGAAAAAUGUAUUACCUCUUUUACUGGGUGCUGUAACUAAUCUAAUUCUUAGUUUUUAAAUAAAUGGACAUGUACAAUGUC